AGAUCACGUGACAGGUAGCGCCUCACGGCCCAGAGCCGCUCAACGCGAGUCACAGCCCCCACCGCUGCUGCUGUGGAGAAGUUGAAGUGAAUCAGUCUGAGGGCGGCGCUGCAGCACUGACCGCGCUCUGAGCCACAGAAGAGGGGAGAAGCCUGUAGUGGAGAAGGAGCUAAAAAUGGCUGAAGUCGUAGAACUCCAGAAACUGAAGUUGGCUGAGCUGAAGCAGGAGUGUUCUCUAAGGGGUCUUGACAUAAAAGGAAAUAAAGGUGAUCUGAUUGCUCGGUUGCAGCAGUAUCUGGAGGAGCAUGAGGAAGAUGUUAAUGAAGAGGAGGUGCUGGGGGAGUUCACAGAGGAGGCGUCCCCGAAAGCUGAGGAAGCAGUCCAGGAACAGGAAACAGUAGUUGAGCCUGAAACGGAACCCAAGAAAGCUGUUGUUAAAAUCACUGCCCCGUCUUCUGGUGAUGAGAGAUUGCAGAAAAGGGCAGAGCGCUUUAACCUCCCAGAAACUUUGGACAACAAGAAAGCUGCUCGUGCUGCCAGGUUUGGAAUUCCAGCAACAGCAUCAGCCCCCUCUAAAGGAGCCUCUGCCAUGUCCAAAACAAAUGUUGAUGUGGAGGUCUUAAAGAAAAGAGCAGAGCGUUUUGGGAUGAACGUCUCCUCUGUUUCUAAAAAGGUUGAGGAGGAUGAGAAGCUGAAGAAGAGGAAGGAGAGGUUCGGGAUUCAGACGGGUGCAGCUGCAGCCGGAGCCGGAGCUGAGGAUUCAGAGGCUAAGAAGAGAAAACGAGCCGAGCGGUUUGGAAAUGUCUGAAUCUUUUUUUAAAUUUGAAUCUUUUUUUACUUUUGUAUUCUUUUGUUGUUGUUUUUUUUUUUUUUUUAAUUCUUUAAGACAUGUAAUUUGCGGUCAGUCUGGUUAUUUUAAGUUGUGUACAAUAAACAUUGAAGUUUCUCACAA